CAGUGGCAACAUGCCCGCUGGCAACAUUGUUGGGGCCGGCUUCUGCUGUGUGUGGCAUGCGGAUUUCAGUUGAAAUUCAACUGCCGCGCACUCAGAACGCUCCACGAGCUCAUCUGGCCGGGCCGGGGCACAUCUUCCGACCACCGCGAAGUGCAAGUGCGAGUGCGAGAGCGCGAAAGCAAAGGAACGCGAACGCGAAAUUAAAUUGCACAUUAAAAUUAAAUGGGAACACAAUAAAAAGUUUCCCGCGCACCCGAAGAGGCCGAACGUGUUUAUGAUCUGCCCUCCCGCUCGACGCCGCAGGGGCAGGUUAUCAGUUAUCAGUUAUCCGUUCGGGCGCGCGUUUCCGAGUUGCUUAAAUGCCAAUUUAGGUGGCACGGAUCAAGGCAUUUAAUCAACUCAAGUCAAGUCCCCCGCCGACUUCGGUGCCGCUUGUGACACAAAAGAAGUCGACGACUCGCCGGGAAAGUCCUCGGCAUACCUCCACUUCAUUCAGAGAGCAGCUCUGCACACAUUCACGGAAUUCCCAGUGAAAACAUUGCCAUAAAUUAUCAACUAAUUCAAUUAACUGCUGACAGCGACAACGAGCGGCGCUUGGCUGCAGUCAGGAAAAGGACAAGGACCCAGAACCUAGAAUCUAGAAUCUAGGACCAGCACUGCAACGCCGCAGGGCAUGCGGCAAGUUGCUUAGAAGAAUUUCCACCCACCCAGCAAGAGACGAGCCCCCUUUUCGCCGACUUUCAGCAACUCCAGUUGAAUGCAGCCAAGUCAUGAGUGAGCAAAGCAGCAACAGCAGCAGCAUUGGCAGCACGGCAGCGAUUGCUGAAAGUGUAGCAGAAAGCGGCCCGGACUUUGAUGCACUUCGCGCCGCCUGCAAUGCCCGCCUCAAUGGCAGUGGCAGCCAUUUGUUGGGACCCAGCCCAGAGCCCGGACCUUUCUGUCCAGGUACCUUUGAUGGCUGGCUUUGCUGGCCGGAUACGGCCGCCGGCUCUUCCGCCUACGAGCUCUGCCCCGACUUCAUCACGGGCUUCGAUCCAACACGAUAUGCGCACAAGGAGUGCGGCAGCGAUGGGGAAUGGUUUAAGCAUCCGCUGAACAACAAGACCUGGUCGAACUACACGACCUGCGUGAAUCUCGAUGACCUGGAGUGGAAACACAACGUCAACCUGAUCUAUGAGGUCGGCUACGGCAUCUCUCUGCUGGCCAUCCUACUCUCGCUGGCCAUUCUCGGAUACUUCAAAACCCUGAAGUGUGCCCGCAUCACGCUGCACAUGAAUCUGUUUGCCUCGUUUGCGGCCAACAACUCGUUGUGGCUGCUCUGGUACCUGAUGGUAAUGCCCAACACGGAGCUCCUGCAGGAUAGUCCGGCUCGCUGCGUGGCUCUGCACAUCAAUCUGCACUACUUCCUGCUGACCAACUACUCGUGGAUGCUGUGCGAGGGCUUCUAUCUGCACACAGUGCUGGUGUCAGCGUUCAUUUCCGAGAAGCGGCUGGUCAAAUGGCUGAUCGCCUUUGGCUGGGGCUCGCCGGCCGUCGUCAUAUUCGUCUACAGCAUGGCCCGUGGUCUGGGCGGCUCGGCCGACCAGAAGAUACACUGCUGGAUGAGCCCCACCGACUACGACAACAUUCUGGUGGUGCCCGUUUGCAUAUCGAUGUUCCUCAAUCUGCUGUUCCUGUGCAACAUUGUCCGCGUGGUGCUGCUCAAGCUGAAUGCCCCGGCCAGCAUCCAGGGCAGCUGCGGCCCAUCCCGGACAGUGCUUCAGGCGUUUCGGGCCACGCUGCUACUUGUCCCGCUGCUUGGCCUCCAGUAUAUCGUCACCCCGUUUCGUCCUGCGCCGGGACAUCCCUGGGAGAAUACAUACGAAAUCAUCUCAGCGUUUACAGCCUCAUUCCAAGGUCUGUGCGUGGCCACGCUCUUCUGCUUCUUCAACGGGGAGGUGAUUGCCCAGGUGAAGCGCAAGUGGCGGAUGCUGUGCUUCAGCAAUCGACCGCGGACCAACUCCUACACAGCCACUCAGGUCUCGUUCGUGCGCUGCGGUCCGCCCCUGCCCGGCGAGGAGAAGGUAUGACUAAAGGACCUGUCGGCCAAGCGACGCGCCUCCUCGGCACCACACCAUCGGAGCCAGCACCAGAGCCACGACCAGACCCAACACCAGUCGCAGGAGCAGAGAGCUCGCAGCCAGAGCUUGACGGCCAGCCGGAGCCUCCUCGAGGGUUGGCGCAACAAAAUUCCCUUCCGGCAGAGUCGCCGGCAAACUGUUGACAACUCGCGCCAGCAGCAGCCCCUGAUGGAGAAGCGGGAUGCAGCCUCCUCCUCUGUCGCUGCGGCACCGACACCGACCCCGACCGCGGAUGCAGUGCUCGAUGCAGGCGGCGAGGCAGAUGUCGCAAGCAGAAUGCCGACACUGAUGACAACCAUAGCGGAAGAUGCAGGAGAGACCUGCCCUGCCCCACUGCCCAGUGCCAGUGCCACUGGCAUUGUCAUUGUUUGCAUGGAGGGAGCAGCAGGAAGCCAUCACCAGAUGGCAGAUGAGGCGCUUUAAGUGUAACCCCCCCCAAAAAAACACCACCCCAACAACAGCCCAGCCCACCCACGUGCAGGUCACACAACAUCUCAUAGUUUAUAAGCAGCUGAAAGAAAAACCAAAUCAUCUGAGACGACUACCGCUGAAAGGAGUUUCGGCAACUAACUACCAUCCCAAGUACCCAAAGUACCUCAGUUAAGUUUACAGUUCGUUGCGCCCUUCCCCCACAUUUUCCACUGAGGGGGGAAGAGUGGGAGAAAUUGAUUGCAGCUUAGCCAAGCGAUGGAUGAUAAAAUAUUUAUUGUACGAGUAUUUAUGCGUGUUAGAAUUUACGUGGAUAUCAAAUAUCAUUGUUGUCUUAAGUGUUAAGUGUUAAGUGUCUCACCCGCCCGCCUCUCCUUGUCUCUCUCUCUCUCUCUCUCUCUGUGGUAAGCUGAGCUUUCUGGCCAUCGCUUUUAGUGUGCUACAUAAACGUGCGCAAUAAUUAACUGAAAUAAAAAUGUGGAACCGUGUGUAUCUAUGCCAAAAAAACAAGAAA